AUGAUUCCAGCUUGUUGUUUGAAUACCCCCUUAAACUCCUUUCCAAAGCAUGUCUCACUGAUACCUGCCUCUCUUGUACGCAUAGCCGUUUGCUAUUCCAUACCUGUUUUUCUUGUAUGGAAACUGGUUCUUCGGCCCACCCUCAACAUUAGAACUUUCUCUCAAACUUCUCCCACUUUUAGGGCCAUCCUGAAAUUGUUAUUGACUUGCCCGUCCCCUCUGUUUCUUUUCAUUACCUUUACUCUUCUACUCUUGAUACCUUGGGCUUAUCUUGCCUUGGACUUGAUAUCAAAUAUCUACUGUACUCAGAAGGUUAUUAAAAACAUUCCAGUCUUUGAUGGAUUCUCACCAGGACCUAAAAUAUUACCUCUCAUAGGAAACCUUUUCCAACUCGGACCCAGUGCUCCUCUCACUUACUGGACAUGGAAAUACCCUUCCUCAACUGACCCGUUACUUUCCACUGCCAUUACUACCCCUCACAAUACCCAAACUGCAUACCUAGCCGAUCCCCGCGUCGUGGCCUCUCUCGUAACCGGUACCCCUAUCACGGGCCCACAGCCUACCCCCAUUUUCCAGCUCAGACUGGGUGCCCGCCGUGUCGUUGUUGUCAAUUCGUACGCGGCAGCCCGCCGUCUCUGGGCUACUCACUGGGCUCGCAACUGCUCGCGACCCGUCCUUCAUACCUUUCAUGCAGUUUUGGCUGCCCAAGGACAAGGUACAACCAUUGGAACUACCCCUUAUGGCCCGGAUUGGCGGCGCAUGAAGAGCGUAGCUGCACGUGCACUCAAUGCACCCGCAGUGGCCGCAUACAUGCCCAUUAUUGAGCGUGAAUCUAGUGCCUGCUUGGUCCGUGUUGCCAAAGCAGUAAUUUUAAUGGCUAAAGAUGGAUGUAGUGAGAUUGACCUGAGUCCAUUUUUUGAAACUUACGCUCUUAAAGUCUCGUUAGCAGUUGCAUAUGGAGUCCCUCCAAAAGACGAUGACGGCAUUUUACAAGAGAUUAUAGACGUGGAAAAACAAAUUAACAAAAUUCGAGCAGCGUUGCAUUCUCUUGAAGAUUACGUGCCGCUUACGCGUGUUGCUGGAGGUAUUGGGGAGCUUGUGAAACGAACACUUAACACAUUGAAUCCUUCAAUCAAGGCCGGAGUUGCUCCAAUUGAUCGUGAAACCGUGUUGUCCGUUCGAGCUCGUCGUGCAAAGUACAUGGACACUCUUAUGGCUCGGUUACGUCAAGGCUUGGCAGAUAAAGACAAUUCUUACCCUACAUGUAUUUUAGGGUCUGUACUAAAAGGAACCCCAGCUUUGACUCCGUCCCAACUCCAAUCUGUGUGCCUGACUAUGGUCUCAGCUGGUUUGGAUACAAUACCCGUUAAUAUUGUAAGUGCGAUUGGGCAUUUGGCUACAAAAUACGGGCAACGCAUUCAAGCUGAAGUAUACACAGAAAUCCAAGCCAUGUGGGCAAAACGUGGCGGUGCACACGUCAUGUGGGCAGCCUGGGGGAUUGCAUCUUUAAAUACCCAAUAUGAGCCUCUAAAUGCUGAUGAGGAGAUUGAAGAGUACCGUUCUGCAUUACCAUAUCUUACAGCGCUUCUUUGGGAGAGUAUGCGGCACACAAGCGCGCAGCCUAUUAAUCUUGCUCGCGAAACAGUGGCACCCAUUGAUGACUUUACAGAAGACGCAGAUGGAAAUAGUGUGCCUAUACACAUUGAAGCAGGCACCAUGCUUGUUAUGAACACACUUGCUGCCAACUUUGAUUCAACGAGGUUCCCAGAUCCAUUUCGGUUUUCCCCCGAGAGGUAUUUAGAGUGUAUUGAGGGUGGAUCCGACAAUGAAGAAAAAAAGGUUAUGCUAAAAUGGCGAAUUCGAGCUCAAGAAGGGACUGGGCUGCCGCACAUGUCGUUUGGUGCAGGAUCACGAAUUUGCGCUGGAUCCCGGUUGGCUGAACGUGAAAUGUACGUUGCAUUGAUGAAGAUUAUAGCAUGUUUCCAUGUAUCACCACCAGUUGAUACGAGAAAUGAAAUGGAGACCAAUGUGUGGACUCGCUUUAAAGCAGUGGACUCGUUGGUUGUUGAGCCCCCGGCGUUCCGGGUGCGACUCGCAGUCCGAGAAGAGGCUCGGAAAUUUUUAAAAGAACUAAUGAUUUGA